GUCGCUCAUCGGAGUCUCGGACUGGGGAGUAUCGUCGCACAUUAUCCUCGGUUUCGGAUAUUACCGAUAUAGCACCAAGAACCCUCAUUUUCUUCAAGAUCAUGUAGAGCGGAGCACCCCGAACGACGUCACCAUCAUGGUUUUCCUCACGUGCUUAGUGACAAUGCCGGAUCGCUUCUAUUGCAAAGCCCUGCCAACUAAUGCGUGGAAAUCUCCGGACAAUGCUACUGCAGAGUUGGUGGAGUUUCUGCAUCUAAAAGGCUCUGCGUACAAAACGAAUGCAAGUAUAGUGGCGUUUGCAUUCCAGAUGGGCGUGCUGACUUACAAUAUGAGCAAAACCUAUCAAAAGCCGACUGAUGCGGUCUAUAACGAAUGCGUCGGCUUUACCAUAUCAAGCGUAUCACAGGCAUGCGAGCGACAAGACGUGGAACUGCAACAAGAAAAGACCAUGGCUGGCAUCGGUAGUGUUCGGGGGUCGACUUACUUCUACACCUACGAAACAGCGCGUACGUUAAAGUCCAAGGCUGAAUUGACUAUGAGCAGCAAGAACAGAGACCACAAGUUCAGCUGGUUCUUGCUCAACGUGCACCUAACCGACGUCACUAAGCGCUGCUUCACUGGAGGUCCUUUCGAACGCUUGAAGGAGUUCAGGAAGUUCUACUAUGAGCACAGUCAAAAGUUGGUUUCGGGAUAGGCUUCCACGUCACAAGCAGUCUCCGUCGACUUCCUAAAGAUUGUGACGCGAUUCACUCCUCAUUUAGCAAAAACAUAGUCGGCUUACUCUUGUAAAACAAUAAAUACAAGUCAU